ACCUCACUGCACCAUGCAUAUGUAUGUUUCCAGUACCAACGUCCAGCUACCACCUUACAUCGCUCUCGAAUGCCCGACUCAAAGUCGGCUGUACGUGACAACACUCCUGAUAUAGGUCCUCCGGAGCCCACCCGCCUCUCGAAAGGCGAACUCAAGACCGAAGAGUAUUGGUGGCGGGAUCGGCAAAAAUGGCUCGAAGAACAAGGCUACAUGCUUCGUGCGCGGUACAAACCAGACUGGAUGCCAUCUUGGAAGGCGACGCACAAGCCGUACUGGAAAUGCGAAGAUGGACAGGCAAUCAUGGUUCCCCAUCUCCUUGACGCAACACGGAUCCCCGACGGCGAGUCUGUUGUCUUGAAGAGAAUCCUCACCACCGAGCAUCCAUACGAGGUCGCAAUCACGCGGUUCCUGUCUUCCGAGCCGCUGGCGUCGGACUCCCGGAAUCACUGUGUACGCCUAUGUGAUGUUCUAAACGUACCGAACGAAGAUGACACGGUGAUCUUGGUUAUGCCCCUCUUACGCCGGUACGAUAGCCCGCCUUUCGAAACUGUGGGGGAAGCAGUCGACUUCUUCAGUCAAGUCUUUGAGGGCUUGCAAUUUAUGCACCAUCACUACGUCGCGCAUAGGGACUGCAUGAACCAGAACAUUAUGUUGGACCCCAAACCACUAUACCCUGAACCGUACCAUCCCCGUGUUAUCGACUGGACCCGGGAUCUCUCGCGGCCCGCCAAGCAUCACACGCGGACGACACAUCCGACCCAGUACUACCUCAUCGACUUCGGCCUCUCGCGCAGGUACGACCCCGCAGACGGCCCGCCGCGCGAGGCGCCGAUACUGGGCGGAGACAAGUCAGUGCCGGAGUUCCGCAACGCGAAGGAGCCAUGCGACCCGUUCCCGACGGACAUCUACUACCUCGGGAACCUCGUGCGGGAGGACUUCUUGCAGACGUAUCACGGCGUGGAGUUCAUGCAGCCUCUCGUCGACGAUAUGGUGCAGGACGAGCCCGGGCGACGGCCGACCAUCGACGAGGUUGUCUCUCGUUUCGUGGACAUGCGCUCGUCGCUCGGCGCGCGGAAGCUGCGGUCUCGCCUGGUGGCUCGAAACGAGAACCCGGUGGAACGGGUCGUCAAGGGUGUCAAGCAUGUCCUUGGGAACACUCGGAAGGUGUCUCACCCCGUCCCGACCGUGAAUGGAGGGCGAGAACAGUCGCCUGCGUAGUGAGAGCCCUGCUUGUGUCCGUCAGAUACCCAAUAAUACAGCGCACCCGCCUGAUGUGUA